AUGAACAAAACCAACAUUGGGAAUACCUCACUAACAACACCACCACCAACACCACAGGUCAAACCCCGCGUAAACCGUUCCCAAACUGCCGUCGAGACCGCAAAUGUAAAACACUCGAUGAACCCCUUUGACGAACUCUCCAUUGAAGAAGCCGUCCGGAUCCGCGAGAAGAAAUCCCACCACGCCUCCGCCCCACCAGUGGCCUCCAUCACCGCCGUCUCGGCCGGCCCGCCCAAAGCCCAAGAUAUCCUGCGCACCGCCAUGGCCAUGGGCGCCGACAAAGGCAUCCACGUCGUCGUCGAGGAAAAAGACGCGCUCGAACCCCUCGGCGUGGCCAAGAUGCUCGCCAAACUCGUCGCCACCGAAAAAUCCAAUCUCGUCAUCCUAGGCAAACAGAGCAUCGACGACGACGCAGGCCAGACGGGCCAAAUGCUCGCAGGACUGUUGAACUGGCCACAGGCUACACAGGCGUCCAAAGUCACGAUUACCGGGGACGGCGGCGCGGACGCUGCGUCUGUCGAGGUGGUGCAGGAGGUGGAUGGCGGGGUGCAGACGAUUCGCGCAAAGCUGCCCAUGGUGAUUACGACGGAUCUGCGCCUCAAUGAGCCGCGCUAUGCCAGUCUGCCGAAUAUCAUGAAGGCGAAGAAGAAGCCGCUGGAGAAGAUGACGCUCGAGGAUUUGGGCUUGUCCGGGGCCGCGGCCGCGCUGCGGCUCAAGACGGUCAAGGUGUCUGAGCCGCCGGCGCGCAAGGGUGGCGUCAAGGUCGAGGAUGUGGAUGGCAUGAUUGCUAAGCUUAAGGAUUUGGGCGCUUUGUAA